AGGAGGGGAGCUAUCUUCCCUCUGCACUUGUCAACAAUAUGGUUCCGUAAACGACGCACUCGUAUCGAAUCGCGUGACCAGAUGUUGCUCGAGACAGCGAAUGCAACGAACGCGACGAGCCUCGCUGGCGGUGCGACGGUAUUCUCGCGGCCGACAUAGCCGCGGGUGAAAGUACAAAGAAUAAGAACGCAAUGCGCGCGAGUUCCUAACCUGGCGAUGACCUGGCGAUCUCCAGCGUUGUGCGGAGUUACCGCGACGUGAAUCCAUUUCUGUAUCUGCGCGAAUUACGUAAAUUCUUCGUAAAAUUUCCCUGUCCCUCUCGAUGUCAUCGAGAACCUCCGAAAUGGCAUGUUCAGUGGAGCGGCUGAGAAUUUACUUCAUCACGUACAAUGUAGCUACGAAGUUCCCAGAUCCCAGAGAGGAUCUUCAUCAACUUCUGGGUAUUACACCUUGUGACAAAUCAAAGUUGGUGUGGCCGGAUUUAUAUUUUGUCGGUUUACAGGAAGUUAAAUCACAACCACAAAAUUUAAUAUUAGACUAUAUACUAUUUGAAGAUCCGUGGACUAAAGCCUUUAGAGAUGUGUUGAAGAAGUAUGAUUAUGUAAAAGUACGUUCGCAACGAUUACAGGGUCUUGUUCUGAAUGUUUUUUGCCUAAGGAAACACUUGACACACUUAAGAUUGAUAGAAACUCAGUAUACUAAGACAGGUUUUGGUGGCAUAUGGGGAAACAAGGGUGCAGUGAGCAUAAGAAUGAAUAUCUAUGGGGUCAGCAUUUGCGUGGUGAACACACAUUUGACUCCCCAUGAUCAUUUACUAGCUGAUAGAGUAUCAGAUUAUAAUACCAUCGUGACAGAUCACACUUUCACUGCUCCGUUUACAUCGAGAAUAUUAUAUCAUGACUAUAUAUUUUGGAUUGGUGACUUAAAUUUUCGGCUCAACGGAGAGGAUUUAACUGCCGCUGAUAUAGACUUAUUGGUGAAAAAGAAGCAAUUGAAGGAACUCCUCGAAAGAGAUCAGUUAAUGAUGGUAAUGAAGGAGCAACAAGCUUUUGCUGAACUGAAUGAAAGUAUCAUUACAUUCCCGCCUACCUACAAAUACGAGUUUGAGUCUCAAGAAUUUGAUCUCAAGCGUAGACCAUCUUGGACCGAUAGGAUUUUAUACAAAGUAAAUGCAGCAGAUAUAUAUGACGAUAUAGAAAUUCACACUGAGCAGCAUACUUACAAGAGCCAUCCCGAUUACAGUGUCUCGGAUCAUAAACCUGUAACUGGAGAAUUUGAUAUCGUGGUCAGACCUAAUGUAGAAGAAAACAUUGUGGAAUUCCAAGACUGUAUUGUGGAGGAAAAUUUUAUCUCUUACAAACUACAAAGAGAUUUUAUCCCAAGCAAUGGGGACUGGAUAGGUCUCUUUCCUAAUGAAUUCUCCAGUCUAGAUGAUUACAUCAUUUACGAAUAUGUUAGUCGCGGUAAACCAAUGUCAGUUUCUGACGAACCUCACGCGAACACGGAACGAAUAUCGUACAAUGAUUCGGCGCUUCGUCUGUCGGAAAUGUACUGUUUGGUGUAUGUAGCUCAACGAGGCUAUCUUAUGGAAGUUUUGGGAGUGAGUCCGGAAUUUUCGGGUCCUCAUAGAUCAGUCGAACAAUCAUCUACAUAAAUUUUAUAGCAAAGAAUCAAUUUACUUAAAAAAAAUUCACUUAAAAAGAGCUUACGCAUGAUCGGUAAUCGUUUCUGUCGAGAGAUUAAAUACCAAGCUUUAAGCAAUUUUCUAUAGAUAGACAGAAAUAUCUUAUUUAAUUGUUAUUAUCCUAUUACCACGGUUUUUUUUUUUUUGGAAAUGUUUUAAGGGUGAAAUAGGUUCACUACUCUAAGUUGUGUGAGUAGGAAAAUUAAAUGAAUCAAGAAAAAUAUGGCCUUUAAUCAAAGGGUGCUUUUGGUACGGUAUAGUAAGUUUAUAAAUUAAACACAUCACGAAAUGAUGUUUUGUAUAGGAGUUAGUUGUUACUUUUGGUACCUGGUUUUUGCGCUCUCAGGGUGCGUCGCGGCAUUGCCGCUUAAAGUAUGUCGCGGCGUAUUUAAUCGUCCGCUUUAGAGCUUUCAGUGAGUGCACCGUCACGUUUUUCUGCACGCAAGAUCUUUCGCGAUCCAUUAACUUGUUGUUAGAGAUAGACUGUACCUAUAGGUAUAUAAUUAUUUUUUUCUGCCUCUCGAGCGUUAAUGGGUUACGUGAUACGCGUGCGCUCACGUUGUAUAUCAUGACUAUUUUCUUAGCAUAAUUUAAUAGAUUUAAUUGUGGCAAGGUACGUUCGUACAAAUUCACGCAUAUUGUUUGUUUUAUAUAUAU